UCCUUCAGACGCGGAGCUUGUGUCCCUCUCGUCGCUCGGAUCAUUCUAUCGUGCUGCUGGUAUGGCGUUCAGGGCUGGUACGGCGGACAGAUGGUCAAGAACAUGAUUGGAGCUAUUUGGCCAAGCUUUUAUAACAUGAAGAACACUUUUCCGCCCAACAUUGGCAUGAAGACGCACGAGUUCGUCGCGUAUAUCAUUUUCUGGGUGCUUUGCUGCCCGAUUUUGUUACUCAAACCAGAGAAGUACCGCAUCCCCGCCAUGGUCUCUUCCAUCAUCGUGACUGUAGCCGCAAUCACCAUCUUCAUCUGGGCGCUUGCCAAGCAAGGCGGACCGGGGCCUUUGUACAACAACCCAGAGGCGGUUUAUGGCGUCGGGCAUCUGCAAGGCUCAGCGCUUGCAUGGACUGUCGUCCGGCUGAUCGUCAGCCAUAUUGGCGCCUGGUCUGGAGGGAUCUUGUACCAAAGUGACUUCUCUCGUUACGCCGUCCGUCCGGGCGAUCAGAUGUGGGGUCAGCUCUUCGCCAUCCCGCUCUGCCUUUUUGGCUCGAACGUGCUCGGUAUAUUCGCGACGUCGUGUGCGAAGGGGUUCUUCCCGGAUGAGAAGCCGCUGUGGAAGUUGUACGAUCUUUUGGAGGCCAUUCAGCGACAUGGUGGCUCGGGGGCGCGUGCCGCGGUGUUCUUUGCUGCGUUUGCGUUCUUCCUGUCUCAGCUAUGCGUCAAUGUGGUUGCGUGCGGUGUAGUGGGUGGCAUGGACUUGGCUGCGCUGUUCCCUCGCUUCAUCAACAUCCGCCGCGGAUCCGUGCUCGUGGCCAUCAUUGGCAUAUGCAUCAACCCAUGGCGCAUCCUUAACACCGCCAACUCCUUUAUAUCUGCGAUCUCUGCCUUCGGCGUCUUCCUGGGGCCGAUGUCGGGAAUCAUGCUGGCCGACUACCACCUGCUGCGAGGCCGGCAGCUGAAACUUUCGCACUUGUUUUUGCCUGCGAAGGCAAGUGACUACUGGUUCUGGCACGGUCUGAACUGGCGAGCGCCUGUCGCAUGGGUCCUGGGCGUCUUCCCAAGCAUGCCUGGCUUCUGCGCGGACGUGACACCGGAGACGGUAGUCGUCAAUGAGUCCUGGAUACGCGUCUACUACCUCUCCUGGCUCCUCGGCUGCGCUAUCAGCGGUUCCGUCCACCUCGCACUGAGCAAGAUAUGGCCACCGCCCGGCGUCAGCGAGGCAGAUCUCGUCGAUGUGUACGAGACGUAUGAGGCGGGCAUGUAUGGCGGGAGCGGAAAGGACAGUGGGAAGGGACUGGACGAGGAAGAGGCAAUGGGCUCGCCCGACGAAAAGAACAGUAAGGUGCUGCAGUGAGGCCUGACGAUGAUUAGACGAUAGACAGGGUAACAUGACGGCACGAUAGACGACUCGACGUUGAUUGCGUCGAUUGAUUAGACGAUAGAUUUAGACGAGUAA